AUGGCUCGAUCUGCCGUCUCAAAAUCAGAGACACUGCAUGCCCUGCUUGGGCCCCCGCUACAAGAUGCUGAAGAAGAAACAUUUCUGUUGUUCAGCCAGGACAUCCCUACCAAUAACCUGGGCUUUGUCGAUGCCACUGCGGAUAACAUCGACAUCGAGAUAGCCGGGCAUGAAUAUACUAUUCAACAGUCUCCCGGCCUUCUCAAUUCUAACCACGCCAGAGGCACGACAGGGGCGGUCUUAUGGAAGGUUUCUCCUCUUCUAGCGACUUGGUUGGCCUCCUGCCCUACAAUUCUUGCUGAUCUUCAUGCCCUUCAUCCAGACUCCGUGGUGGCUGAACUCGGAUGCGGCUUGGCAGGGUUGAUAGGACAAGUAUUGUCUCAAUCUGUCCAGCGCUACAUCCUGACCGAUCAGCCGUCUAUUGUGAGACAUCUCCGAGCUGCCCUCGGAAUGUUGGACGGGCCACCACGUGCAAAGACCAGGGGCAGCAAAAACAAGAAGAGCAGCACUCCUGGGAGGCAGGAUGUGCUCCAAGUCAUGGCUCUGGACUGGGAGAAGGAUGACGCAAUGAAUCUGAGAGCUGCCCUCCCAGGCAAUGCACAGAUUGACCUCUUGAUAUUGUGUGAUUGUGUCUACAAUGAGUAUUUGGUCAAGCCACUUGUCCAGACAUGUGUGGACGCCUGUCGCCUGGGACACGGCAAUGAGCAUGAGGAUGGGGACGUGAAUCGAAGUCCCACAGUGGUUCUGGUGGCACAACAACUCCGGUCAGAUACCAUCUUUGAGCUGUUUCUGGAAACCAUGAUUGAGGAGUUCGAGGUCUGGCGGGUGCCCGAAGGCCGGAUUCCCGCAGACCUAGGCGCAAAUUCAGGCUAUGCUGUGCAUCUGGCAAUAUUGAGAGGGGGGAGGGCAAGGACUUGA